AUGGCGAAGGGGAGCGCAGGCGAUGCACCCAACACAAGAGACACAUCUUUCAAGCGCCCGAAGAUCAGGGAAUCGUGCACUCACUGCUCUAGCCAGAAGAUCCGCUGCACCAAAGAACGCCCCGCUUGUGCCCGUUGCGUCAAUAAAGGACUCCUAUGUCAGUACAACAUCUCGCGGCGUACCGGCACCAGGCGUCAUUCUGUUCGAGCAACGCCUGAGCCUGAAACAACAAUAUCCAAUGCUCCUACCUCCAGCGUUGCCCCGGACUCUGUUAAGAUCGAUGGCAAGCGGUCGCCCGCCAUGAGCGACUUUGCAUUGCUAGAUGGUUUGGAGACAUUCGACAAUAGCCUGUGGCACCAGCCCAUCACGACAGACAUCCAGGAUAUAGACAUGCAGUACUUCGACUUUUUUGACCCGGGUGGCUACCAAGCUGAGCCGGAACCCAUUAAUUCAUUCGACAUAGACAGCACGCUUUUGUGUGGGACAUCGACAGCAGGUUAUCUUCCAGAGCUGGACGCAGAAGCGUCAACACGGCCUUCAUCGUCAUCAUCGCCUCCUAGUCAACGGAGCGAUGGCGGCAGGGCGACGACACAUGGUGGUGGUGGAUGCAUAAGUACGGCGCUCCAGAUCUUCUCCGAACUUCAUGUAUCAAGUUCAGCGUGCCCCAUAGCCGCGGGCGCACCAUCCCACAACAUUCGCGAGUUCGACCAUGUGCUGGACAGCAAUCGCGCAGCCUUGGAAAAACUGUCCAGCAUUCUCGACUGCCCGCCGUGCUGCCAUGAUCAAGAGGUUCUCACGGCCUUGUUCCUGGCGGUCCAAAAAGCGCUGUCGUGGUACUCGGCAGCCUUGGAUGUGGCGGGCGACGGCGAGCCCACCAGCCCGUCCUCGCGGGUGAAGAGCCCGCCGGCAUUCCUGGGCAGCUACGCGCUUGGAGCCCAGGCGCAGACGCUGGCACGCGCGUAUGUGGUGAUGGCACAGUUGCAACAGCACUUCCAGCCGCUUCUGGCAAAGCUGCAGCGAAUAUCGUCCCUGUCGGCGCUGGGGGCGCGCUCGUCGUCGACGACCUCGCUGAGCUCCGUCUCGUCGCUGCAGUCAUCCACGUCCGGAUCGGCGGUGAUUGAGUGCCAAAAGCGCGCGCUGCAGGAGGCGCUGGAGGAUGUUGUGGCCAAGAUUGAGGGCAUCAAGCGCGGGUGA